AACAAAUCAGCCGCCAUCUCCUUUCCGUUACUCCGACCAGCGAAACUAGGGUUUGAAUCUUUGUGCUAAAUGGGUCGUUUCAAGAACAAUAAGAAGGGUAGGGUUAAUGUAAAGCCUAUCGCAAUGAAGAAGAAUCAACCUAACGUUGAUCAUGUAACUGGUGACAAGAUCCCUAAAAGUUUUGUUUUUUCAAGAACCAAACUUCCUGGCUCUGUUAAACAGCUUCAGAUGGAUUUGAGGAAGCUCAUGCUUCCCUACACUGCUCUCAGUUUAAAGGAGAAGAAGAGGAACACAUUAAGAGACUUUUUGAACGUAUCAGGACCAAUGGGUGUUACUCAUUUCCUCAUGCUUAAAAAGACAGCCUCUGCAUUGUCUUUAAGAGUAGCAAGAACCCCUCAGGGACCUACUCUCAGUUUCAAAAUUCAUCAGUAUUCGUUAGCUUCGGAUAUAGCUCAGUCUCAGCUUAGGCCUAGAUGUCCUCCAGAUCUUUUCAAGAAUCCUCCUUUGAUUGUUCUUUCUGGAUUUGGUACUCAAGAGCUGCAUCUGAAGCUAGCAACUAUCAUGUUUCAGAACAUCUUCCCAUCUAUUGAUAUCAACACUGUCAAGCUCUCUACAUGCCAGAGAUUAGUACUAUUGAACUACAACAAAGACACGAAACUCAUUGACUUCAGGCACUAUUCAAUAAGGCUUCAGCCUGUAGGAGUGUCUCGUAGGAUUAGAAAUUUUGUGCAGAAUCAUAAGGCUCCUGAUCUUAGGAAUCUACAGGAUGUUAGUGAUUUUAUCACCAAGGCUGGUUAUGGAUCAGAGAGUGAAGGAGAUGAGGAGGCGGCGACAGUGACAUUAUCAUCUGAUCUAGGGAGAGUUAACAAGGGUUCAACAAAGAGUGCUGUGAAGCUGCAAGAGAUUGGACCGAGGAUGACUAUGCAGCUGGUUAAAGUGGAGGAAGGGUUGUGUUCAGGAGGAAUCAUAUUUAGUGAAUAUGAAAAUGUAGAUGGUAAGAAAGGGAAGAAUGAGCAAGAAGAAAGUGGUGAUGAAGAAGAUGAUGCUAGUGAAGAAGGUGGUGAGGAGGAGGAUAGUGAAGAAGGUGAAGAGGGUAGUGAAGAAGAUGGAGAAGACAUGGAUGAAGAUGUUGAAGAGUGAAAAGAAUUUGUCUUUGAGUAACACUUCUGUAUCUUCACAUCAAGUUUUGUUUCUUUGGAUGUUUUGAGUAAUGAUGGAUGCAUCUAUUUGUCUGAUUAAAAUAUGAACACAAUCAAUUACCUUCUAAUUGAAUGAGCCUGCAACCUUUUGAAUUGAAUGAAAUGUUCAUGAAAAUUGAA